AUUGCGAAUGUCACUGAUGAUUUGGCCCCUCCACUCGUCGUAACAAUUAACAAUAAAUAACUACACGUGUUUCAGUUCAACAAUUACAACCUCUAGUCCUCAAGGAGAUAAUCUAGUCGUUCAAUCCUGAUGUGUUGAGAUGUUGAAAUUUGGACUUUGAUAAUUGAGACUAUUUGAUGGUUGAAACACCGAGAGGUUCUACGAGGAUGGCGGUUGAACACCGUGGAAGGAGGAUUCGUAGAUUACAGGAACAAUCCGCAGGUCAUAACCAGAGUUACAGUAUGUCAAAUUUCCGGGAGCUACUCAGUGAGCCCCCGCUCCUCCAAGCGAUUUUCCUCGGCAAUGUCCAGGAGAUUUGCGCCCUGCUGGCUCAGGAGGAGGACAUUCAUUGGCGGGAUGACAAAGAACGGACAUUGUUACACGCAGCGGCCUUCAUUGGUGAUCCUGAAAUUGUAGAAACCCUGAUUUUGCAUGGCGCAAAAGUCAACAGGAGAGAUAAACAGUGGUUGACACCUCUGCACCGUGCUUGCUGCUCAGGGAACGACUCCAUCGUUGAAGUCCUCCUCAAGCACGAUGCUGCUGCCAACGUUAAAGACAGAAAAUGGCAGACACCCUUGCAUGUGGCAGCAGCCAAUAAUUCUGUUCCCUGUGCGAAGCUGAUCAUUCCUCGAUGUGUCAACAUAAACAUGACAGAUCGACGUGGCAGAACGUGUUGGCAUCACGCCGCCUCCAAUGGUCACGUCGAGAUGCUGGAGCUGUUUCUUUCUUUUGAAAAUUGCGCCGUGAAUGCAAGUGAUAAAAAAGACCGACGAGCCCUGCAUUACGCGAGCCACAUGGGCCAUGGAACAAUUGUGAAGAUGCUUCUGUACAGUGGAGCUGAGGUAGACGUACGAGAUCGGGAUCUUUAUACACCCCUUCACGCCGCCGUAGCAGCAGGACAUAUCGAGAGUAUAAAACUUUUGGUUGAAGCUGGUGCUGACAUAGAAGCGAAAAAUGUUUAUGGUAAUACACCGCUGCACUUGGCCUGUCUUAGCGGGCACGUUGAGGCCGUUGCCGAACUCAUCAGGUACGGUUCCAACAUUGAGGCUGCCAACUACAGGGGUCAGACACCCUUGCACGUCGCUGCAGCCAGCACACAAGGGGUGGACUGCUUGGAGAGCUUGGUGAAGGCUGGGGCGCAGAUCAAUGUACAGUCGCAGGAUGGCAGGACUCCCCUUCAUAUGACGGCACUGCACGGUCGUUUUACUCGCUCAAAAAGCCUUCUAGACACUGGAGCAUCGCCGGACACUCGUGACAAGAACGGUAACACUGCCCUGCACAUUGCAGCAUGGUUUGGUCACGAGUGUUUGACCACCACGUUGUUGGAAUGUGGAGCCUCGCCAGGGGCGAGAAAUGCCGAGCAGAGGACCCCACUGCAUCUCAGCUGUCUCGCUGGUCACAUUGAGGUCUGCCGAAAGCUCCUCCAGGUGGACAGUAGAAAGAUUGACUCUAGAGACAUUGGUGGAAGGACACCUCUGCAUUCCGCGGCCUUUAAGGACUCCGUAGACUGCCUAGAUCUUCUGUUAUCAAGUGGUGCUAACUUCAGGCUAUCCGACAAUGAUAACAGACUUGCUCUGCAUUAUGCAGCAAGUCAGGGGCAUUAUUUGUGUGUUUUUACUCUGGUGGGUUAUGGAAGUGAUCCCAACGCUCAGGAUGUCAACGGUGCCACUUGUCUUCAUCUUGCCGCAGCUGCUUCAAAUCCAGCUAAUAAUUCGGGUCAGUGUGUCAGAUAUCUCCUGGAUCAUCGAGCUGAUCCACAGCUCAAGGACAAAAGAGGAUUCAGUGCAAUACAUUAUGCUGUCGCUGGUGGCAAUCAAGCAGCACUGGAGGCACUUCUCCAUGACAUGAAUUUAGGUGGAACAGUGGGAAGCAACUCGUCAAACCCAUCCCCAGUGGUCCCCUCGACUUCCCUUUUGCAGCUAGCAAGCCUUCUCCCACCGCAAACAGCGGUGCCACCUCAAACCUCCCCAAUUCCUCCGACACCAGCGCUAACGCCCCUCCACCUUGCGGCAUACCACGGUCACGCAGAAAUUCUUCGUCAACUUCUUCCCCUCUUCCCUAACGCUAACAUCCGCGAGGACACCGGUAAAACUCCCCUCGACCUAGCCAGCUACUCCGGUCAUUAUGAAUGCGUCCAGCUUCUCCUUCGUUCCGCAGCCCUAGUGUCAGUUACGGAUAGCAUAACACGUCGCACGCCUGUCCACUGUGCGGCAGCAAUGGGACACACUGAAUGCCUGAAACUUCUUCUGGAGUCCACGGAAGACGCGUCAGUCGUGGACAAAUGUGAUGCAAAACAUCGAACUCCCCUGACUCUAGCGGUUGCUAAUCUUCAUCCUGAGUGCUCCUCUCUUCUCCUGAAAUACCAGGCUGACUGCAAUAUUCCGGACAAGAAUAAGCACACACCCCUCUUUCGCGCGGUCAUCCACACGAUAGGUCUUCCUAUUGCAGACAUGCUCCUUCGUCACAAUGCACGUGUCUCCCCACAAGACUCGAACGGCAAAACUCCCCUUCAUCUGGCGGCAGCUUGUGGUAAUGUAUCUGCUCUGGUGGCUCUCGUCAAAGCCGAACCAUCUGCUAUCGGCCUCAAGGACGAUCAGGGCUGUACGGUCCUGCAUUGGGCCUGCUACAAUGAGAACGCCAAUUGCGUUAAAUAUCUGCUUCAAUCGGGACUGAUAGACACACUUGAGAGGGCCCCCUUCUCACCGGUUCAUUGUGCUGUCCACCAGGGAUCCGCACAUUGUCUGGAGCUUCUGAUUAAUAAAUUCGGUGGACCUGCAGUCGCUGAACCUCGGGAUUCACCUGGCGGACGACUUCCGUUGCAUACUGCAGCGUCAUCAGGGUCGGUUGAAUGCGUCAGGAUGAUUCUGGUGUCGGUGGGGUCCGUGGCCGCUGGCCUAGAGGCCCAAGACUAUGCGGGACGGACGCCUUUGCUGAGCGCUGCUGUCACGGGACAGACUAGUACUAUUGAAAUGCUGCUGGAGUGGAAGGCGGAUGUCAGGGCGAUUGAUUCAGGAGGCAAUACUGCUCUUCAUCUGGCUUGCCAGAAAAGGCACUCCACUGCUGCUUGUGUGUUGCUGGAUAAAAUUGAGGCGAUGGUGAAGGAAGGUGAGGGCGGACAGAAGGGCCAGUCACAGAUGAAAGAGAUUAUUAAUAGGGUUAAUAAGCAACAGCGGACGCCGCUGCAUCUCGCUGCGAGAAACGGCCUCUUGGGGGUCACUCGGAGACUUCUUCAGCUCGGGGCGAGUGUCUACGCGGUGGACUGCGACGGAUUAACUCCAGCACUGGCGUGUGCACCUAAUCUAGGUGUUGCCAAGUGUUUAGCUACUAUUUUAGCUGCCCAUGGCCAAAGCUGGGAAUCAUGUCAAGAGUCUCCAUCCAUUCAACAAACGUCCGAAGUUUAUCUCAAUGGAAGAGUCGGUGAUUCACAGCACAGUUCAGAUUCUGAAUUCUACUGACGUCAACUGACGCGUUCACGCGCUGAUUUUUUAUGAAUGAUUGAGAUAAUCGAGAUAAUGGUGAUUGACUACAAGCUUUUUUAUCGGUUUAAAUGCUCCUGAUGCCAGCAUUUUGUGCAGAUGGAAUUGGUAUGUUUGGUAUCCUCAUAAUGUAAGGCAAUGGAGAAACAAUAUUUUCUAUAAGGUAACAA